AUGGCUCUUCUCAGGGCGCUCCCACUAUCCCUCUGGGCUCUUGGCACAUUCGCGGUACCUUAUGCUUCCACCAAUGCUUCCUCGCCCGUCGUAACCAUCAAAAACGGCACCCUUGAAGGUGUCCACUCACCGCAGUACGAUCAAGACUUCUUCCUCGGUAUCCCCUUCGCGCAGCCCCCCAUCGGAACCCUGCGCUUUCGCGUUCCGCAAUCCAUCAAUACGUCUUGGGCCGAUGUUCGAGGUGCUAAAGAGUAUUCAGCGGCUUGCGCUGGAUAUGGCAGUGAUGAAUGGCCCUACCCCUCUCUCUCCGAGGACUGCCUCUACUUGAACGUCAUUAGACCUUCGGGCUUCGAGGAUGAAAAGUUGCCGGUGGCGUUUUGGAUCCAUGGCGGCGGGUUGACGGAGGGAAGUGGAAUCGACCAGCGAUACAAUAUGAGUUUCAUGGUGCAGAGGAGUGUAGAGUUGGGAAAGCCGAUUCUGGGGGUAAGCAUUAAUUAUAGGUUGAGCAUGUGGGGGUUUGUGACUGGGGAAGAGGUUGUGCAGAGUGGGAAUGCAAAUUUGGGGUUUAGGGACCAGAGAUUGGCGAUGCAUUGGGUGCAGGAGAAUAUUGAAGCUUUUGGCGGCGACCCCAUGAAAGUAACCAUCUUCGGCGAAUCCGCCGGCGCGCUCUCCACAGGCAUGCAUCUCGUCGCCUACAACGGCCGCGACGACUCGCUCUUCCGCGGCGCCAUCAUGGAAUCCGGAAACCCCAUCAACUACGGGAGCUUUCUCUAUUCGCCCAACGACUUCAUAAACGCCGCAUCCCUACUUGGGUGCGGUAACGUAACAUCGCGACUCGACUGCCUCCGCGCUAUCGAUUUCACCGUCUUGGAUACUUGGAUCAAUAGCACGUCAGGCCAGACUUUCCGCUGGAACCCCAUCAUCGACGACGACUUCAUCACGCAGAAAACAAGCAUACAGCUCAAGAAUGGGGAGUUCGUCCAUGUCCCGAUUAUAUCGGGGUGUAAUAGUGAUGAGGGAACUGCAUUUGGCCUUAAACCCAUGAACACAUCCGCGCAAUUCCUCGCCUCCCUCCAGAUAAUCCCCAGCCCUGUAAUCCUCACUCCCUCCCAAGCCAGCGCCGUCCUCGCCGCUUACCCCGUAAACAUCAGCCACGGUGCCGUUCCCACCAACCAACCCCUAUCCUACAUUCCUCCAGCACAAUACGGCGCCGCGAGUCGCCGCUCCGACGCCUACUAUGGCGACGUAACCAUGAUCGCCCACCGGCGAAAAACCUGCCAAACCUGGGCCUCCAACGACGUUCCCGCAUACUGCUACCGCUUCAACACGAUCCCUCACGGCAUCUCGCCCGAAACCGGCGCAACACACUUUCAAGAAGUAGCCUUCGUAUUCAACAACCAGAUGGGCAUGGGCUACGGCUACCCCAACGUAUCUGUGAACCCGUUUGAAGGCGAGCCGCAGAGCUACUUCGACCUGGCGGAGAUGAUGAGCGGAGCGUGGGUGAGCUUCGUGCACGAUCUGGAUCCCGGGGACUGGUGGCCGAUGUAUGAGGGCGACGUGGGUCAGAAUUGGGUAUUUGAUGCGAACGUAACGGGGCUUGGGUAUGCGGAGCCGGAUGACUGGCGGAAAGAGGGGAUUGAGUUGAUUAAUGGGUGGAAUGACGCUGUGUAUCAAAGGUGA